GGCGGCGCUGGCGGCGGCGGCGGCUGCAGGGCCCGGCGGGGAGCGAGGGUCCGGGAGCGGGCCACCAGACCCCACCAGGAGGCCAGGGCCGGGGGUGGUGAGGCCCUCCUCGCCAGGGCCUCGGCGGCGCGAUGGAGUAAAGGAAGUCGAGUGCAAGUGAAGUCUUCUGCUCCAGUCACUAUGGUACGAGAACGAAAAUGUAUAUUGUGUCAUACUGUAUACAGCUCAAAAAAGGAAAUGGAUGAACAUGUGCGGAGCAUGCUGCAUCAUAGAGAACUUGAAAACUUGAAGGGAAGGGACAGUGACCAUGAGUGCCGGGUGUGCCGGGUGACAGUGGUGGGCUUGUCAGCUUAUGCAAAACAUAUUUCCAGCCAGUUACACAAGGAUAAUGUUGAUGCUCAGGAAAGAGAAGAAGAUGGAAAAGAAGAAGAGGUGGAAGAAGAAUACUUUGACAAAGAGCUCGUUCAGCUAAUAAAACAAAGGAAUGAACAAAGUCGACAAGAUGAAGCAUCUGUUUCUGGCCAAGAAAUAAACUCUGAUGACAGACGACAGUGGCGAAGAGAAGACCGAGGACCUUACCAAGAGAGAGAUGUUUAUGAUCAGCCAUCGUGGCACCAUCGUGCACCACUUCAGCGGGAUUGGAAGUGGGAGAAGGAUGGCUUCAAUGGUGGUCGGAAAAAUAACUUUCCACAUUCCUUGAGGAAUGGUGGUGGACCAAGAGGACGUUCUGGGUGGCACAAAAGUGGUCCAGGGGCAACUUCAAAUUGGUAUCACAACCACAAUAAUUCUGGAGGUGGUUGGCAUCCAAACAAUGGAACAGUAGAUUGGCAUCAUGGUGGUACAGGAAGGAAUUCCAACUGGCAUUCUGAAGGAACAGAUGGUUUUUGGCACAUGAACAACAGUAGUGGAAACUGGCAAUCCAAGGCACGAGGUACAAAUAGUUGGAAUUAUAGUGGCCCUGGAGACAUAUUUCAGCCUGGGAGAAACAGGAAUUCUAACUGCCAAAUUGAUGACAUGACCAUGUUAUGGAACAAGAAAUCUAAUAAAUUAAAUAAGUAUAAUCAAGGGAGAUAUACAUGGCAAAGGCAAGAGAAUAGAGGUCCUACUGAAGAUGAUAAUGAUUACCUAUUAGAUUUUACAAGUGAUAAGCUUCCUUCAGAGGGCUUACUUGACUUCAGCACUUCUGAGCAACCUGAAAGUCAAACCUCUAAGCAAGCAGAAAUUAUAGUACCUAAGAUGAGUGGAAAGAGUGGUAAUGUAUCAAAGGAUAAAAUACAUCGCUGGUCUCCUUACCCCUCCCCCAAAAUUGUAGAGCCACAACAACCAGGGUUGAAGGAAGCAACUGCUAAAAAGUCAGAGGUGGUAGAUGAACCUCCUUUUCUUUUUCACCUAAUAACUGCUUGUGGGAAAGAUCCCAAGACUAAUAAUACAGAUAAUUCCACAAAGCUGAAAACACAGAAAGAAAACCAGUCAGGGUCCUUUGAUCACAAGGUCACUUCUGAUCACACUGUUUCUAGUGAGGCAAUGACCACUUGCCUGUCUAGAGUAAUACCUGAACAGGAGAACAGUUCACAUAAAAUGCCAUCACUAAAGUCUCCACUCCUUCCAUUCCCAAACACUAGAUCCUCAUCUCAAAAACAAGAUUCAAAGAACCUCUCGAAAAAUACGAAACCUUUGUCUGCAACUCCUGGAGAAUGUCAGAAUCACUCAAAUACACUUAGCUCAGAAGACAACCAGAAUUCCUCUUAUGUAUCUAAACUACGUAGUUCUUGUUCUCGUGUAUUAAAAGGAAAUAAAACUGUGCUUGAUGGGACUCAGAAAGAGCCUGUUGACAAUUUAAGUGAAAUCUUGAAGAAAGGUAAGGAGGUGUUGAAAUGUAGUCAGCCCCUACAAAAUCCACUCCUGAGCAAUGCCAAAAGUAUCAGGAGCUCUGCAUCUGAAAGUAAGAAUGGGGAAGAGUCUGUGAAAGGCUCUUUGAACACUGAGCUUCAAGAAUGUGCACCAGAAGAUAGAGGUGAAGCAGAGCUAUCAGAUCUUGAAAAACAUGGUGCAAAAGUCGAAGAUCUUGGUCCCUUAAAUCCCAAAGGUUCACUUUGUGGCGCUUUAGAAUGUGAACAUCCUGUAACUGAGAAAGAGAGAGAUGACAAAACUAAUAAAACAACUGAGAAAUGCUCUAUUAAUUCAGAUGGCUCCACAGUUCACCACAAAGAAUCAGAGUUUCAAAUGGAGUCUGCAGCAUCUGCAGGUAGUCCUCAGUCAGGCUUACUGCUAGACUUGAAAACAUCAUUGGAAGAUAUCCAGGUUGAAGAACCUGUCAAAUCAGGUUUGCCUUUUGAAACAGAAAGCUUUGAGAGCAGUAACUUGGAUGUUGACCUCCAGAAAGGAGGCACAGGGCAACCUUCAGGCUCUCUGCUUCCUGAACUAAGCAAACUUGGUUUUCCUGCCUCUCUCCAGCGAGAUCUAACCCGGCACAUCAGUUUGAAAAGCAAACCUGGGGCUCAUCUUCCUGAGCCCAAUCUCAAUAAUGCACGCCGCAUUCGAAAUGUUAGUGGCCAUCGAAAGAGUGAGACAGAGAAGGAGUCAGGACUCAAACCAACUCUAAGGCAGAUUCUGAAUGCUUCUCGAAGAAAUGUCAACUGGGAACAGGUCAUUCAGCAGGUAACCAAGAAGAAGCAGGAGCUGGGCAAAGGUUUACCCAGGUUUGGCAUAGAGAUGGUACCACUAGUUCAGAAUGAGCAGGAAGUGUUGGAUUUGGAUGAGGAACCUGACCUGUCCAGUUUAGAAGGUUUCCAGUGGGAAGGUAUUUCCAUUGCUACAUCACCUGCACUGGCAAGAAAACGCAGUCUUUCUGAGAGCAGUGUGAUCAUGGACAGGACGCCCUCCAUGUACAACUUCUUCACUGAGCAGGCUACAGGAAAGGAAAAUGAACCCCAGCAGAUUGUUCCACCCAGUAAUUCACUGCAGACAGCUCAAGGUCAGAAAGCAAACGUGAACUUUAAACAGGACAUGAUGCCUCUGGCUUCCUCCUCCAGGGCAGGUGAAAGGGUUGAAAGUGUUGCCACUCGAAGGAGGCAUAGUGCCCAGUUGCCCCCUGACCGAAUGAUAUCCUUGAUGCGCUCUGCCAGACAAGAAGAACUAAACAGGCAGGAGAGCUCAACACCUCUUUCUGAGAAUCAAAACACUCAGGAAAGUAAUGGAGAAGGGAACUCGUUAUCGUCUAAUGCCUCCUCAGGUCUUGGCAUCUCUAGUUUGGUGGAUGCUGCUACAGACAGCAGUUGUACCUCUGGGGCGGAGCAGAAUGAUGGCCAGGGCCUCCGGAAGAAGCGCAGGGCAACUGGAGAUGGAUCUUCACCUGAGCUUCCAAGUCUGGAAAGAAAGAAUAAAAGAAGGAAAAUUAAAGGCAAAAAAGAACGUUCUCAGGUUGACCAACUGCUGAAUAUUUCUUUACGGGAGGAGGAGCUGAGUAAAUCCUUGCAGUGUAUGGAUAACAACCUUCUGCAGGCCCGGGCAGCCCUUCAGGCAGCUUUUGUGGAAGUCCAGAGACUCCUUGUGCUGAAACAACAGAUAACGAUGGAAAUGAGUGGCCUAAGGACCCACAGAAUACAGAUUCUACAAGGAUUACAAGAAACUUAUGAACCUCCUGAGCGGACAGAACAGGUCCCCUGCAGCCCUUCCCGUGAGCGAAAGAGCAGAUCUCAGACAGCUGCUGAUCCCCCUCCUCUGCCUAGUCCUUUUUUCCCUCUCUUUUUGGAGACUCCCCCUUCCCAUAUAUCACCAUCUGCCCCUGGAGUGCCACUUCGUGUGUGCACACCUCCUGCUUUCCAGGCUCCUGGGAGUAUCACAUGCCCAGCUCCAGACUCAUCAGUGCAGAUUAAACAAGAGCCCAUGUCUCCUGAGCAAGAAAAUGUGAAUGCUGUGCUACAGGAUUCUGCCUGCAGUGCUUCUGAGGAAUUGCUACAAACGAAUAGAGAGAUCAGUGGCAACUAUUCAUUGUACCCAAUCAUCGCUGGGACGCUGUCCUUGUCCCACUUAACAGAGAGUUUCCAGCAUGCAAGCCAAGAACUGAAGUCAUCCUUGGAACAAGAUGGUACCAGAAGAAUAGAACAAUCUCCUUCUCAAUUAAUUGGUCCUCUUAUUAUAAAGAAAGAGGGGGAGGUGUCAACCAAAAGUAGCACCAUUGUUGAGCCCUGUAGCAGCUCUUUUUUGAGCCUGACCUUUCCUUCAGAAACCCCUUUGGAAAAGGGGCAUCCACUGUUGGUUGAACAGCCAGCAGAAUCCACUCUGACUUCAGCUGAAAACAAAGGAAACAAGAAAAAAAAGAAGCUCAGGAAAAAGAAAACUCUUCGAGCCACGCAUGUGCCUGAGAACAGUGAUACAGAGCAGGAUGUCUUUACGUCCAAACCUGUAAGGAAAAUCAAAGCUGGAAAGAUGACUAAAGGAGGAAAAGUUACAACAUCCACAUCCUUGGGACAGGAAGAUGGGAAAACUGGUCAGGAACAAGAUAGAAAUAGAGAUGAGCCUGACAGUGACUCUUCCUUGGAAGUCCUUGAGAUCCCUAACCCUCAGUUAGAAGUGGUAGCCAUUGAGUCAUCUGAGUCUGGUGAGGAGAAGCCGGAUAGUCCAUGUAAGGAUGAUACCUGGAACUCUACAGAGCAAUCCCUGCUGGAAGCAUCUCGUUCUGGGUGUGAUGAAGUAAGCUCUACCAGCGAAAUUGGAACACAUUAUAAGGAUGGCAUCCCUAGAAGUGUGGCCGAAACUCAGACUUCCAUCUCCUCCAUAAAGGGAUCAAAGAAUUCUUCAGAAAUCUCUUCAGAACCAGGAGAUGAUGAAGAACCCACUGAAGGAAACUUUGAGGGACAUCAAGCUGCAGUGAAUGCUAUUCAGAUUUUUGGGAACUUAUUGUACACCUGUUCAGCUGAUAAAACAGUUAGAGCCUAUAACUUGGUGACUAGGAAAUGUGUGGGUGUUUUUGAGGGCCAUACUUCCAAAGUGAACUGCCUUGUGAUUACUCAGACCAAUGGAAAGAAUUCAGCACUCUACACUGGUUCCAGUGAUCAUACCAUCCAUUGCUAUAAUAUCAAGACUAGAGUGUGUUUGGAGAAGUUACAGCUGGAAGACCGAGUACUCUGCCUUCAUAACCGGUGGCGAAUCCUCUAUGCAGGAUUGGCAAAUGGCACUGUAGUUACCUUCAGCUUAAAGACCAACAAGCAGCUUGAUAUCUUUGAGUGCCAUGGUCCUCGGGCUGUUAGCUGCCUGGCUACAGCUCAGGAGGGCGCCCGAAGACUGCUGGUGGUGGGAUCCUAUGACUGCACCAUCAGUGUUCGAGAUGCUCGGAAUGGACUGCUCCUCCGAACGCUGGAAGGCCAUAGCAAAACCAUUCUCUGCAUGAAGGUGGUGAAUGACCUUGUGUUCAGUGGCUCCAGUGACCAGUCUGUCCAUGCCCACAACAUUCAUACUGGAGAGCUGGUACGAAUCUAUAAAGGUCACAACCAUGCAGUGACUGUGGUGAACAUUCUGGGGAAGGUCAUGGUGACUGCCUGCCUGGAUAAGUUUGUUCGUGUCUAUGAAUUACAGUCUCAUGAUCGUUUGCAAGUUUAUGGAGGACACAAGGAUAUGAUAAUGUGUAUGACUAUUCAUAAGAGUAUGAUUUAUACUGGCUGUUAUGAUGGUAGUAUCCAGGCUGUAAAGCUAAAUCUGAUGCAGAAUUUUCGCUGUUGGUGGCAUGGUUGCUCACUGAUAUUUGGGGUUGUGGAUCACCUCAAACAGCAUUUGCUAACCGACCACACCAACCCAAACUUUCAGACUCUGAAAUGUCGUUGGAAGAAUUGUGAUGCGUUCUUUACUGCUAGGAAAGGAUCCAAGCAGGAUGCAGCAGGACAUAUUGAACGACAUGCUGAAGAUGACAGCAAAAUUGAUUCAUGAAGUUUUUGCCUCCCACGUUGGGAAGUUGUUUAGUCCUGUUAUUGCCCUUAUCACACUCUUCCCAGCCUUCUUUUCUUCUCCUUUCCCUCCCCCCCCCCCGCCACCUUUAAAGAAAAAAAAAAAGGCAGGAAGAGGAAUAUGAUUAUUCUGCCAGGCUAAAGCUACCAUGAGCCUGUACAGCUCUGUGGGAAUAUGGGUAAAGCCUGAGACUUGUUAUAAUGAGGUAGCAAAUGCUAAGAACAUGCCCCUGGGGAUGGUGCAAUGCAGAUACACAAUGCCUUUCUGUAAGGGCAGGAUAAUCUGUGCCCAUUAUUAUGCUCCAGGUGUUUAAUAGAUGCAAAAUCUUUGUCAGUCACACUCUUGGCAGAUAAUUAAAAAAAUCUUUUUAAGUUAUUAAAGUGGUUUAAAUGUCAAA